AGGACAGUUUCUCAUAAUCAAUUCUUAAGGGCAACUCCUCUUGAUCACGAAAAAGAACAAACACUAGCAAAACAUUGAGGAACAGUCGAGCGGUUUUCUUCUAUCUUUGACGCCCUCCAUCACUUCUCUUUGAUAUUCUAAGAGAAAAUGGCCACCAUCACUGCAGCCACACCAACUUGCUUAUCAGUGGUAGUCAGUGCUGGCGUUGUGCAAAAGCGUAGCCUUAGGACCGUAACCCCAUCGGUUCUUGGAUUGCCAGCCAUGGGGAGGAGAGGACGCAUGAGAUGUUGUUCAACAGUAGAGAACAACUCAUCUGCGAGCAAGAAGAGCUCACAUGUCAGCCUAACUGCAGCCUUAAUGGCAGCGACAAGCGCGGUAUCAGCAGUGACAAGCCCAGCUGUAGCUCUGGUUGAUGAGCGGAUGAGUACCGAAGGGACUGGUCUCCCCUUUGGUUUGAGUAACAACCUUCUUGGAUGGAUUUUAUUUGGAAUUUUUGGUCUGAUUUGGACUCUUUACUUUGUUUAUACUUCUACCCUGGAUGAGGAUGAGGAUUCAGGUUUGUCCCUCUAGGGUAAUAUGAUACACCCUUUAUUAAGACAUGGAAACCCCUAAGUAAUAAUGUGUUGAAUUUUGGUUACUUGUUUGUUCUAUUCAUCCACAUAUAACAGAGUUGUAGGCUUGGAAAAGAAUUUUGUUAAAAGUUUAUAAACGACACAUUGGAAUAGACAAUAGUGUAUAUGGUCAAGAGAAGGAGCCUGAAUUGUAGUCAUGGAAUGAUAAACUGGAAUGAAGGAAAUCUAGAA